GCGGACCAGGCACCGCGGGACCGGACGGAACCUCCCCGGCGCACCUGCCCGCAGCCCCCGCGGAGCGCCCAGAGCGCGACCCCUUUCCGGAGCGGCGGCGAGGAGGCCGAGGCGGCGGGGUGCGGGCGCGUCAGGCGGAACGAGGCGCCGAGAUCUCAGACUCGUUGAGGCCGCACUGAAGAGUGCCGGGGUCUGAAGAUGAGUGAGCUCGACCAGCUGCGGCAGGAGGCCGAGCAGCUUAAAAACCAAAUCAGAGAUGCUAGAAAAGCGUGUGCAGAUGCAACUCUCUCUCAGAUCACAAACAACAUCGACCCAGUGGGAAGAAUCCAGAUGCGCACCAGGAGAACGCUGAGGGGGCACUUGGCCAAAAUUUAUGCCAUGCAUUGGGGCACGGAUUCCAGGCUUCUAGUUAGCGCCUCACAGGACGGUAAACUUAUCAUCUGGGACAGCUACACCACAAACAAGGUCCAUGCCAUCCCUCUGCGUUCCUCGUGGGUCAUGACCUGUGCAUAUGCCCCUUCUGGCAACUAUGUGGCCUGUGGUGGCCUGGAUAACAUUUGCUCCAUUUACAAUCUGAAAACUCGCGAAGGGAAUGUGCGUGUGAGUCGUGAACUGGCUGGACACACAGGGUACCUGUCCUGCUGUCGUUUCCUGGAUGACAAUCAGAUCGUUACCAGCUCUGGGGACACCACCUGUGCCCUGUGGGACAUCGAGACCGGCCAGCAGACCACCACAUUCACCGGCCACACCGGGGAUGUCAUGAGCCUCUCUCUCGCCCCCGACACCAGGCUGUUUGUCUCUGGUGCUUGUGAUGCUUCAGCCAAGCUCUGGGACGUGCGAGAAGGGAUGUGCCGGCAGACGUUCACCGGCCACGAGUCUGACAUCAAUGCCAUCUGUUUCUUCCCCAACGGCAAUGCAUUUGCCACUGGCUCUGACGACGCCACCUGCAGGCUGUUCGACCUGCGUGCGGAUCAGGAGCUCAUGACGUACUCCCAUGACAAUAUCAUCUGCGGGAUCACCUCCGUCUCCUUCUCCAAGAGUGGCCGCCUCCUCCUCGCCGGGUAUGACGACUUCAAUUGCAACGUGUGGGACGCACUCAAAGCCGACAGGGCAGGCGUCCUGGCCGGGCAUGACAAUCGCGUCAGCUGCCUGGGCGUGACCGACGAUGGGAUGGCUGUGGCUACGGGAUCCUGGGACAGUUUCCUCAAGAUCUGGAACUAAUGCCAGCAGAUGGACACCGUGGUGACUGGAAGAGCAUUCCAACCUGGAAGCAUCCCAGUGAAAGCAUUUCCAAUCCACCCUACUAAUGUGGACGCCCUGCCCCUCCCUCAGAACUUCAAAAGGGCAAGAUCUUUUUCCUUCACUUAUUGCUGAACCAAGAGCACAAUUCCCAUCACGAGGAGAGUCUGUGCCGCAGCCCAGGGUGUGCAUUCCUUCCUGGACCAUUGUCUCUGUUGUCUUUUUUGUCUUGAGUGAAUUUAAAAGGAAAUACUAUAAUAAAGUUGUUAACCAGAAGGUAACUUGAGUAUAAUUGUGAGACAGAAACCUUUUCCUAGUUUAUUUGGACUUUAGAUCAGUGACCUUGUUUGUGAUGUUCCCGCAAAACAAGCUGAGGACUUUAUCUUGUAAUCAGUUCUAAAUUUCAGGUCGUGUUUGUAACAGGAUUUUGCAAACAUUCAUAUUUUCUUUUUAAAAUAUAUUCCUUUAUGUUCAGUAGUUGACAGAGAAAGAGGGUCUGGUGCAGCCCCUCUGAAAUUGUUAAUGAUGUAAUUUAGUCCCUAGUUUUUAAUUUUUGUCUAGUGUCGCACAGUUGUGCACAAACGUGGCACAGAGAGUGAUGCUAAGGCGCAGCAGAGCCCGGCACACGUGGUGAGGGAAGCGUGAGGGGGCAGGGGCUCCAGCCAGGCUCCCCAGGCCCUCGGUUCUGACUCUCACCCGGGUCUCCUGUGAAGGUGGAGGCGGUUCCUAACAAUAGCCUAACACUACCCAGGCCACCCCAGCCGCCGGGACCCUCUGCCUUCAGGGGCAGUGCCCGCCCUGUGCUUGGGUCUGCAGUCAGUUACUUGUGUAUGAAACCAUGUACAAAUCAAUGUUUUGAAAAUAAUGAUCUCAAACUUUCUAAGUUAAAUUUUAAAAGAUUUGGAUCCUUUGCCAUAUUGGGUGGUUUACUCUUAGAAUAAUCGCAUGCUGUAGAAAUGCUCACUAAUGCAUUUAGUACUCAGUCCUUAGAUGUUCUUUUUCUUUUGAGAAAUAACCUCUUUCAAGUUGUGGCCAUGCAGCUCUGUCUACUCACUGUUGCUCCUCUGCGCACGAGGCAAAGCCGCAGGCAGCUCCACACGCUUAAGCAGCAGGACAAGUCACUAUUCUCUUUGUUUCUUUAAAAAAACAAGUCCUGUUCUUAAUGACCGGGGGAUUCAGGGAGUGGAGCGCAGGGAACAGUGACCCUGGUCUUCCUCUUUACCAGUUCCUCAUGGCCUGUCCCCCGUGGAGCAAGCCAUGGCGUCAGAGGUGGGUCAGGCUUCUGAGACGCAGGCGCCUGGUUUUGUUCCCAGCCAGCGCUGAGCAGCAGAGCUUGGACGGCAGUGUCGUGGCCUGCACCCCGUCCCCAUAGCAGUAGUGGCUUCUCCAUCCUGUCCUCUGCAACAUCCCGGACAGAGCUCUGCGGCAGCACACAGUAGGUCUGGUGGAUCUGGCAGAAAGUAGAAACAAAACCCCUUCCUUUUCUUCCCAUUGACACCUGUAGAGCUCUGCACCCCUGCCCUUCCAUCUUUUGUAUUUAAUUUUAAAGUCAGUGUACUGCAAGGAAGCUGGAUGCAAGAUAGAUACUCUGUUAGACUGUAUGUGAUGUAAGGUGUAAUAAAGCGGUUUGACAUGA